UCUCUGGCGACGAGUUGGAAUUAUUGACUAUAAUCCUAAUUUCUACCGCAAGGCGUCCAUAUCGUCCGUCGUAGAGAAAACCUCUGGUAACCAUUGGUGUGAGAGCGUCCUCACGCUACCCAAGCCUACUAUUUACCUGUAGAGGGGUACCCACGUCGCUACCUAGGUAAUCACUUAACGCGGCGCAACAAGUGGAUCCCGGUCACCAUCUCUUUACCAGGUCGGAUCCUGUUUACAGCACUGCGGUCGCCAUCUUCGUUUCCAUCUUCGUUUCAAUCUUUGCUGCUUUUCGGUUUCGACGUGAUAAAACAUCAUGGUCCCCCCAUCGCCUCUUCACCGCCAUCAAUCGUCUCUCGAAGGCAUCAUCGAUUUCUCUACAGAGCCACCUUUAAGGACAGAGCAGCGCUCCGUUGCUAAGGAUAGAUUCAACUGUAUCGUUGACUAUUUUAACACUGAUGAUGAUCCUAGCAACCGUAGUCCUUACCAUCGCUCUCAACUCAUCCGCUUCACCUACCAGUACGCACUUUCCGAACAAUCCCAGGACAAUCUAUUGCGGGCCUUCUUUCAGGCUAUGACACUCUCGCUAGACGAUGAUGACGACUUCGACUUCGACGAGCUCCGACCGAAAUUCUUUGGCUUCGCGGAUUCUCUUUUAGAUAACUUCUUUUUGCCUCCUUCCACUAAAAAGACGCCCCAACCCACACCGACUUACCAUUCCGCAGUCCAGGAGGUCCAAGGAGUGGCGCACGGUUUCGUGGGAACUCCAGCCCGAGUAUCGGCUCUGCGGGGCGAAUGCCUUCUCCGGGACCGCUAUCGUUGUAUAGUAUCGCGGAAAUUUGAUGUGCAUGAAGCAACGAACCGCUUUAAUCGUGACGAUGAUAACGCUCGAGAUGACGAUGGGAAUUUAUUGGAAGGAGAGCCGCUUGAUUCAUUGGAAGUAGCCCAUAUACUUCCACACUCUCUGACAAAGGUCAAUGCAAACCACGAAUUAUGCUAGAGCAGCUGCGCUCGCAGUCCUUAAUAUGUUCGAUCAUGGAGUUACGCAUCUGAUAGAAGGCACCGAUAUUGACCGGCUACGCAACGCACUCACUCUUACCCACCAACUCCAUUUAUUUUUUAGCGAUUUCAAGAUUUUCUUUGAGCCUGUUCAAGAUGAACCGCAAUCACAUACCUAUCGUGUCAACUCAUUUCUACAUCCGUCCGUCUCUAAGACU